AUGAAUACUCGAAAAACAGGGAUUGUUUCGUUAGACCUACACAAUGCCUCUUCUGAUAGAACUGAUAGUGAUGCAAGUUCCCCUAAAAGGCCAUCUAGACCAUCUAAGCAUAAGUCAGGUCCUGUUGCACCUAAAAGGCGCACUAUUAAGUAUAAACUUGACAAAACAGCUCUUUUAAGCGAGCUAAAUACUUUGUCUAUUCUAGUUAAUCGGAGCACAAAUGUAGAAACUUCUUACUAUGAGAUGAUGUUUGGGGUUCUGCACAAUUUAAUAUCAAAGCAUGUAACUGUAAACAUAUCAGGCUCAAUAGACAGCGAGAAGGCUGAGGCCCUGCGCACUAUAUCCCUGCGCGUUUUGGAGAAAAUCAUUAAGGGUCGCUAUAUCAAUAAAAACUCGCUGAUUUACAGAAAAGGAAAAUACACCGCAACCACGGUGAAAAUGCUUUUUGAGGUGCUUGAAAGGUCAGUCACAGAGGUUAUUAACUCAAACCUUCUUGCGCAGGCUGAAAAAAGAGUCAAUGACUGGUACGAUCAGAUGCUUGAAUAUAACAUUCAGGACUUUGCAGGAUACCUUAACUAUGCGAGUAGACUUCUAAACGAGAUCAUGAUUCUUGAGGAUAUUAAUGAAUACACCAUAUACAACGACCUGCGCUGUUUUUCAUCUGAAGCAAAGAAAAAUCUGAGCGUAAACGAUCUGCCUAGUUUCCCACCUCAAUCCAGCAGCUAUAAUAGCCCUUCUGUCUUUAGUAUGCACAAUCUUGACAGAGCAAUCCAGAUUAUCAUGCAAAACAGACACAUACUUAGGACAUACUUUAGCACAAAAGAAAGCGAGAGAAGCAAUGUUCUCUCAAAGAAAGACAUUGUUUUGGUUGUGUCUUUCCUGCGCCAGCAUCUGCUUGCCUUGAAGUCCAUCAUGAAUGCCCAUAAUUUGAUUGAUAAAGACAUGAAAUACGUCGAUAUAAAAAGACUUACAGAUUCUGAAGAAAGAAACGAGAAUGCUGUCGUAUACAAUAACCCAGCCACAGUUAGGUACAGUGACUGCGUAAAUACAGCAAACAUUAAUUAUUAUGUUAACAACAAGUAUUUAUCCCCCGACAUUAUAAAGUACCUUGAAGGAAGGCUAUUUGAGUUCAAGCAAAUGGUAAUUAACAAUGCAGAAUAUGCAGGUGAAUUCACUUCUUCACCAGCACACCCCAGGCCGUCAUCCUCUAUUGAAAUGGCUUCUUCCUCCUCUUCCUCUGCAAGUUCUAGUAAAUCUGCUUCCCCGGAGCCAAAGGCUUCUGCAGAGGGAGAGGACAAGUCUAUUCCCUUGAAUUUUUCCACUGAAAAAGCUGUCAAAAAAAAGAGUAUUAUACGCAGAGUUGGAGACACCAAGGGAAUGUCUCUCUUUAAGGCCUGCAUUGGUCUUACUAUUGUUUCUUUGGGUUAUAUCCAAUUGUUUGGAUCAGACAGUCCUUACCAGAAUAACUAA